AUGGAACGAGACUUGAUCCGCCUGGGUGAACGACGCCGCGAUCUACAGAACCUGCCUAUCGGCGCGCCCGAUCCUGUGCCUAAUCGGACCUGGGUAAAGAGACGUGAACACGGCAGGAUAACAGAGAGGGCCUUGAUCGCUAGCGAGAUCGGCGAGCGCCAGGAGCGCAGGCAACACCAGGCAGAGAGGCAGGAACAGCGCUAUCAAGAGGCACUCGAUCGGCCGCAUAAGAGGCCUCAAGAGGCGUUUAUGCACACCUUUCGAUUUACGCCUAGUGGUGUCCAGAACGUCGUUCAGGCACCACAGAGACAUCGACCACCUCCGAUUACUAUAGAAAACACUAGGGAGGAAGAGGUGGCAGAUGUGCCAGAGACCCCUCCGCCAUCGACCUUGACUAGGCUAACACGCCUAGUGCCUCAGACGCCAGAACGGCCACGGCCGCGCCGCAGUCCUUCGCCUGAGGACUCUCCUGAACUGGCCUUACCACCAUCGACAGCGCCGCCUGCGAUCGGUGGUGGUAGAGGUAAACGAGUCCGCAAACGGACUACUAGGCUAGUCGAGGCCCGGCAACAAGGCUUCCUGCCUGAUUCACAGGAUAACUGA